AUGGACUACGGCGCGUCCAUCCCGCUUGGUCCCGACUGGAUGUAUGGGGGAGAGACAUCUCCUGCGUCCUCCCAGGCCGCCCCGACCGGAACGCCGGUGGAUCCAGCUUCCGUGGCCACGGGCGUAAUGAGCGUACCGCCUCCAUCGGGUCCGGCGGCGCCAAGCGACAUGACGGCUGCUUCUUCCUCCGCUCCGAGUUUACCGACAUCAUCAGCUGUGUCGGUCCCGUCCUCCUCGCCGCUGUCCUCCUUAUCCUCCUCUACCUCGGCUUCGGGGCCGUCCACCAGCCAGAUCACCUCCCCCCUCGCGUUGCUGAGCGGAUCCUCAACUACGUCUUCGUCCUCGUCCUCGCUCUCUACUACACUAUCCCGGACUUCGAGCUCGGCUUCAGCUACAACCUCGUCAACUCCUCUAGAUGGUAUUCUUCCCCUCCCCUCGGACCGCACCUCCCUGACGGUCAUCCUCUCAUCCGUCCUGGGCCCCCUCUUCCUCGCUAUCAUCCUCCUCGCGCUCUUCAUCUGGCUCCUUCGCCGAUAUCCAUCGGACUACGCACGUGCAGCCACCAACGAGCCUGCCGAACCUGCUGUCAUCACCACUACCCCUCGGCGCGCCUCAUCGAAUCACAAACUCCCCUUCACUCCUCCUCGGUCUAAAGCCGCCCAACCAGGCUCACGUAUUCCGAGCGAGAAGGCGCCGCUUCUGACCGGUCCAGCGCAAACGGUCAUAGAAGAGGAGGACAUAACGGACUACGCCAACCCUCAUCCGCGCUCCUCUAUCCUCUCUCGCCUAUCUCUCGGACUCGGAAUGGCGCCGGCCAUGCGCCGCAUUUCCAACGGCGCAGCGGAAAAGGCGUAUCGGACCCCUUCAUGGGCUUUGGCGGGUCUCGCAGCUCUCCCACGGCGGAUCGGCUCGGGUCUCCGGUCGGUCUCCACCUCCACCCAGCGCGCCGGUCCAUAUGGUCCGCCCGUCGGAGCUGGGAUCAGCGAGAAACAGCCGGAAAGCCCAACUAGGGCAGACCGAUCCAGAGGUACUUCUACCCAAAACAACAGUAGCGGUAACGAAGACACCCAACCCUCCGACCCGCCUCCUUCAGCGGCGUAUACUCGGUCGAUGGCGACUGAGGAACUCUUCUUCCGGCCGCCUCGCAAUACCCCGUCGUCCCAAGGAACCAAGUCGUCCAAGGCUUCCUCGGGAAGCUCGGGAUCUGGAUCGCGGGGCUCGAGAUCGACGAGGGGGACCGGACCGUCAAAUUGGCAGUCUGCCUUUCCGGCUCUGGAAGAGGACGCCCCUGCUGCGCUCGCCUACGCUACCGACACCGUCCGCAGAAGGCCAGGAUCGGGGUAUACCCAUCAGCGACGGAAUGUCAAUACGGUCAGCGUAGGCGUACCCGAAACGCCCCGGACUGGAGCAGGGAGUAUCGGAAGCUGGUCAGCUCUGGGCCUGGAUGGCGGGGAGAGGGAGAGGCGGAGCAGAUGGGUCGAAGAGGGGGACAGGUUGGACUUUCCGGUCCCUCCAGACGGGAUGGGAUGGGAGAUGGAGCUCUUCCCGCCGAGGAGCCCCGGGUGGGGAGGCGUGCAGAGGCACAGUAUGGCGAGUACCUUGAGCGAGAUCAGCAACUACUACUCCGCCCACUCCCAUCCCGAGACUCCACCACCAUACGACCGCGCCCAAGAGCCGAGUACGAUCCGCCUCGUCCAACCCCUACCCCAGAUGGAUGAGGAUGGGAAUCAAGAUACUCUCCGGGGAGGUCGUCCCAUACUCUCUUCUCGACUGUCAGAGGAUCAGCGGGGAUCUGACAAUACUCGGAGGAGCUUCAUAUGCGAGCCCCUAUUGGGACCACCGGAUGUUAUGGCGGAGUUUGGACAAUUGAGGAGCGUUUCAGGAGGGCCCGCAAGCACCCUCAUCUCCGCGCUCCACAACUCCAACGCCCGGUCCUCACACUAUGCCUCCGUCCAGAUCUCCGAAUCUUCCGCGUAUUCGCAGUCAUCCGGGUCAUCUCUGGAGCGGACGUCUUUACGGGGAGGGACGGAACUGCUCGCGGAAUCAGGGGCGACGUUUGGGGUUGUAUCAGAUCGAGCUUUGCGUGGACGGCAAAGUCAUGCAACUCUGGUCAGCACCAGAUCGGUCACUGCAGGACAAGCCCGCAGCGCGCGAAGCGAGGACAGCAUAGGGGGCCAGAUUCCCCCCAUGCCGGACCGACACGCAGCUCGACCACCUGCUUUGCCUCGCGUGUCGUCUGACCGCGCGGUGAUGGCUUUGGCGGACGGAAGUCGUGCUGCGAGUCGGGAUCGAGCCGGUCCAGGGUCUAGAGCGGAGAGGAAGAAGAGCUGGUUUGGGUGGAAGAAGGAGAAGGGGGAGGAAUAG